ACAUUUUCCAAAGUUACAUUUAUCAUGGAAUACUGGUUGAUAUUGUUAUCGAUAGUGAUCGGUGUGAUCAGCAUUGAUUAUCUUUUUAGAAGUUUUAAUUUCUUUAAAAGACACGGUAUUAUACAUGUACCGCCUGAAUCAAUCUUCGUAAUCAUAAUAACGAUUAUAUUUCGUCGAAUACCACUUAUCGAUUCCAUCUUGAAAGUAUACAAUUUCAAUCCAAAUGCAAAAUAUUAUGGAUUUUAUGGCAUUACAACUCCAUUGUUCUUGCUUCGCGAUCCGGAACUCAUUAAGACUAUUGUUGUUAAGAAUUUCGAGACAUUUUCAGAUCGUCCUGGUUUCUCCGAUGUAAAUAAUCCUUUGCUUGAAAAAAGUCUAUUUUCUCUUCGCGGAGAAAAAUGGCGGGACGUAAGAACUCUUUUGAGUCCCUCUUUUACGUCCAGCAAGAUGAAAAUGAUGUUCACAUUGAUGUCACAAUGUGCUAUGGAUUUUGCUAAACUUCUGUCGACGUUGCUAACGGAUGAAAGUGAAAUAAACAUGAAAGAUGCUUUCUCUAAAUAUACGAACGACGUCAUUGCCACAUGUGCUUUUGGAAUCAAGGUCGAUUCUAUGAAGGAUCCAACAAAUAAUUUUUAUAUUUAUGGCAAAGAAGCGGCUGACAUUUUCCAAAAUCAUAUCAUAAAGUUUAUUUUUCUUAAAACAUUUCCUAAUCUCGGACGAAUUCUCAAUGUAAAAAUUAUAAACGAUCACGUAUCGCACUUCUUCAAGGAUAUUGUAAAGACUACAAUUGCUGUUCGUGAUAUGGAACAUAUCACACGUCCGGAUAUGCUACAGUUAAUGAUGGAUAUCAGAGGCAAAGAAGGUGAUAGAAAAUUAGAUAUUGAUGACAUGACUGCGCAAGCAUUUAUCUUUUUCUUCGCUGGUUUCCAUACCAGUUCAACCGUGAUGUGCUUCGUAGCUCACGAAAUCGCAGCUAAUCCAGAAGUUCAAAUCAAAUUACAACAAGAGAUCGAUAAGAUUUUGAAUGAAUCGGACAAAGAAGUGUCUUACGAAGCCAUUAAUCAGCUUGAAUAUUUAGAUGCGGUGAUAAACGAGGCGCUUAGAUUAUAUCCACCAGUCGCUUUUUUAGAAAGGACGUGUACAAAAACUUAUGAAUUACCACCCGCAUUACCGGGUGAGAAAUCUGCUAUCAUGAAGAAGGGUAUGGUUGUUUGGAUUCCGAUUUUGGCAAUUCAUCGUGAUAAAAAAUACUUUGAUAAUCCGGAAAAGUUUUACCCAGAAAGAUUUUUAGACAACAAGCUUCAUAAUUCUUCAUGUUAUAUGCCGUUUGGAUUAGGACCAAGAAUGUGCAUAGCUAACAGGUUUGCUAUGCUGGAAAUCAAGGUCUUGCUGUUUCACUUAUUGGCGCGAUGUGAAUUGAAACCUAGCGCAAAAACUGAGUCCCCAAUAAAAUUUAGCAAAGAUCUGGCAUUAUUGCCAGAAAAUGGAUUCUGGUUGAAUAUUCAGUGCAGGAAAAAUGUGCAUCCUUUGUUGCAGUCUACAAAUAUAGUGGAUAGUUAAGUAU